AUGGGGGAGAUGAUUGACUUGGCAACUAGUACAACUGUGGAUCAUUGCCAUCCAGAUCCACGGCAACUCCGCCGGGGUGGCGGCGGCGGCGGCAUCAGCAUCAGAAUAGCAGAUCAUCAGUUUGAACCGUUAAUCAUUCUGGCUUUCAGAGCUAUAUCGGAGCACAUAGGACGAUCUAGUAAAGCGUUCCAUCGAGAGCGAAUAGCCGACGGCAGGCUCCAUCUGCUUAGCAUUCUGCUCUGUGGAGCGAUCCAUGCCAAGGGAAUCGCAGCAACUGAUCGGUCUAAAAUGCAUGGCAUUCUGCUCUGUGGAGUUACGUCCGACUACGUCAUCCGUGACGACAGAAAUUCAAAGGACCCCCCGAUUGAUGUGCUUCGAGACCUUCCAGAGGGCUUACUUUGGAUAAUUUUUUCAAAGUUACCUCUGGAUGCAGCUGUGAGGACCAGCGCCCUAUCAAGGCAGUGGAGAUACUUGUGGACUGAUUGUCCUAAACUGAGUUUCGAUGGAGAUGCAUUAUGCGGCGACCACAAGAACAAGUAUAGGAAAAGAGUGCAUACCCUAAUGUUCCUGCGCAUUGUUAAUAGGGUGCUCGCACAGUUCCGGGGCAAGCUGGUUGAAGAGCUUGUGGUAAAAAUUGAGUUCAACUGGAUGUUGGUUGAACAUCUUGAUAAUUGGAUUCGUUCUGCUGUAUCAUCGCGGAUAAAUGCCCUAGUUUUUGAUUUAGCACCGAAAGAGCGUCACCAUGUUGGCCGUGUUGAUCGGUACAGAUUCCCAUUUGAGCUUUUAGACAAGGAUAGUAUAUGCCAUCUACAGAUAAUUCAUCUUAGCUUUGUAGACUUGCAGCCACCAAUGCAUUUCAGCGGUUUCCCUAUACUACGGAAGCUUGACCUGAACUUAGUGAAUGUCAAUGAGAAGGAUAUUACACAUAUGCUGUCAAACUGCUGUAACCUAGAGUGGCUGAGUAUUGUUAGAUGCCAUCUCAAUGGUGAACUAAAAGUUAGUGGCCCACUGCCUCACCUGCUAUACUUGAAAAUUGCUUCCUGCAAUUUCACAAGUGUAGAAUUCCAUGCAGUAAACCUUGCGACCUUCGAAUACAGAGGACUGGCGGUGCCUAUUGACCUCAGUAAAUCAUUGGAACUGAAAUGUGCGAACAUAUGGUAUUUUGGACACAAUCUUGAGCACACUAUUACUGUUCUUGAGAAAGUUCUUAUGAAUGUGCGACAUCUGAUCCUCAAUGCAGGCUGUAAACCAUCAGAGGUGUGCUCUUUGACCAUCUUUUAUGUCAUUGGUUAUCCUAUAUAA